AUGUACUGGUUUAGUCCUGCGGACCUCCCUCCGGCCGUGAAGCAGAGGCAUGUUCGCCGCACCGCGGCCGAUUGGUCAGGUCUUGCGGCGGCCGCGGCGGCGUGGACUUGCACCGGCCAUGGACUGGUUCUGCUAACGGCUCUUCCUUUCUUCUACGCUGCUGACGCUAUAGUACGGGUUAGGCAGCGAACACAGCACCCAAAUGCGUUGAAGCGUCUCCAAAAUGGCUCAUGCGGUAGCUGGCCUUCAAGCCAAGUCCAUCCGAGUCCCCGCUAG